CCACCAUACCCACUACGAUGUCUUCUACAACCCCCACCACCAUACCCACAACAAUGUCCACAACAAUUGCCGUUACUGCAGAUUGCAAGAGCCGUCCACUAGACCUGGUUUUCAUCAUCGACAGCUCUCGCAGCGUUCGUCCUGCUGAAUUUGAAAAGGUCAAGGUGUUCCUUUCAGACAUGGUGGACUCUCUGGACAUUGGUGAGGAUGCCACACGCAUCGGUCUGGUGAACUACGCCAGCACGGUCAACAUCGAGUUCCUCCUGAACAUGUAUACUAACAAAGUGGAUCUAAAACGUGCUUUCUCUCGCACUGAACCACUUUCCACUGGUACCAUGACUGGCCUUGCCAUAAAAACAGCCAUGGAGCGGGCAUUUACAGAGAAGGCUGGUGCCAGGCCAGCAAACAGAAACAUUCCCAAAGUGGCCAUCACCGUUACGGACGGAAGGCCACAGGAUACGGUAGAGGAUGUAUCGGCUGCAGCAAGGGCUGCUGGGAUUGAGAUCUAUGCUGUUGGAGUGGACCGGGCUGAUAUGAAAUCUCUUCGAGCAAUGGCGAGCCAGCCACUGGAUGAACAUGUGUUCUAUGUGGAAACGUAUGGCGUCAUUGAAAAACUUACGUCCCAGUUUCGAGAGACUCUGUGUGGUGUGGAUGCCUGUGCCCUUGGACACGACUGCCAACAUGACUGCGUGAACAGCAACCACUCCUACUACUGCAGGUGCAAAGAGGGGUAUGUGCUGAACCCGGACCAGAAAACAUGCUCACAAUUCAAGGAGGUUCGUGGAGACUUGAAAGAAGAUGCCUGCAUGUGUGAAGCUCAAAUUGCUUUCCAGAAAAAGGUCCAUCACAAUAUUGGGGAGAUGAACAGCAAAGUGGAUGACCUGACAAGAAGAGUUGAGCAGUUUCAGCGGCGUUAAAUUCAAAGCAACGAUGCCAGAUGAAAACAUUCAGCCGAUUUCACUCGUUUAUCAUACACUAUUUCUGCAUUACUACUAUUACAUAGCAUUCUGUCUUUUAGCUUAGCACUGUUGUAUUCAUGUUGCUUUGCCUUUGUUUCAUAGAAAAUGUAGCAUCAAAGUCACUUGUUUUGUACUUAAUGUGGCUGUUAAGUAU